CUCCUGGACCAGGAGAUGGAUGGCUUCAUCAAUUGGCUGCUGAGCACCUUAGAAGAUGAACCAGGCUGGCUUGCUAACAGUGACAGCAGCAUAUCUGAGGAUCAACAUCUAUCCCAUUGCCCUGGCAGCAGCUCUGUCAACCCAGACAUUAUGCCACUUGAUCACAACUGUGCCCUUCCUCAGUUCUUGCCUGUGCUGGAAAGCAUGAGGUCUAACACAGCAGAAGGAGAUGCUACCAUGGACCUUGGGACAAGAGCAGGUUUGGAAGGCACAAGCCAGGAACUGGAACAAAACUCCAGUUCCCCUACAGCUGUUGCUGUGGAUGCUGAACCCCAGUUUGUGCCUGGAGCCAUCAUGCAGGCUCGAGAGCAAGUUCUGAAGGAAAUGCGUGGUAAGAUCCGGAGCAAGCAGUCAGCUCAGGCCAGGAAUAAGAGCUAUGUGAAUGUCCUGGAAAGCAGGAUGGCAGCUUGCACAGCUCGAAACCGUAUACUGGAGAGGAGGGUGCAGCAGCUGCAGAGGAGGAACAGGUUACUGUUCAGGCAGUUGCGGGAACUGCAGGCCACUGCAAGGCAGAUCACUCUCACAGGUACUGAAAGAAGUUACUACUUGGUUAUGGCUAUGUCCUACUUCACUCCCUUCGACACCAUCAACUCAUCUGUACCACAACUGGGCUAUCUUGUGGAGACCCUGAACCUGGUACCAACUGAUGUGCAGCAAGAUGCUGAGCUGGAGAACCCCUCGCUGUUGGGCAGCCUCAGUGUGAUGUAG